CGUCGUCGUCUUCCCUCACCGCUGACUGCACCGUACAACAUCACAAGCUAUCGACUGCGCUCCGCCUUCCCUCCAGGAGGAGCACUUCCCUCGCGUCAACUACCCUCCUUUCCUUUCCUCCGAUCUCGCAAGUCUCCGGCGAAAUUCGCGUCCUUCAAUUCUGCAUCGAAGCAGCGGCGUUCGAGCUCCGAUUCCGUAUAAAUCGCCUUCUACGAUGUCAAAGCCCUCCUCGCGAUUGCUCCAAGGCGUUCUGACAUUGCAUCGCCACCGCCACCAGCUCCACCUCCCGAAAUCGUCCCCCGCCGGCGCGCAUUCCUCCUCCCACUUCGCCACCGCGGCCGUCGAUCCCGCCGCCGCCGCCCGCUCCUCGUCGCCCCCUCCUUCUUCUCUCCCCCGCCCGUUUCCUCUCUCCUAUCCGUCGAGCUCGGCCGCCGGCACCGCGCGGAAUUCGUGCCAGUCUAGAGCGUUCGGUUAUCUCGCCGCGUCCGAGGUGCUCCCUCCUAGGGCGGGCCAGGCUCUGUCGAAGAGCUUCUCAACGGUGGGACUCGGUCCGUUGAGAUUGAAUUGCUAUGGGAUCAGGCAUUUCUCGUUCCAAAGCUCGGGGAACGGGGGUUUCGCGAAGAAGGUUUUCGAGAAGCCGACAAUGUCGGUUCUUUCUACGUUUAGCAAAUACCGGGAGGCCAUUGGGCUGCAAGUGGAGUCGUUCUUGAGGAGCAAUUACUUGGUCCUCGUUGGGGCUGCGGCUGUGUUGGUGUGCGCCUUGUUGUGGAGGAUCAUGUUUGGAAUUGCUAAUACCUUCGUCGGGAUCUCCGAGGGGAUGGCAAAGUACGGGUUCCUUGCCCUUUCAUCCGCUAUUGUCGCCUUUGCUUAUUCUUAUAUUUUAGUCCGUCCUCUGUAUGUAAAGGCCAUGAUAAGAACGAGACCUUACGGUUAGGAGGACGGCAUUUGGAUGAGUGUGUCGCCACUAAAUGCUUACCUUUUUGUCAACUGGUAUUGGAGCGCGAGGUUGAUUAUCCAACCAACAAUUGUUAUAAGCAAGGCAAGGACCUUGGAUUUCCUGA